GAUGUUAACAAGACGAUAAGGAGCUUCCUUCUGCGCGACGGGUGUGUAAAGGCUAAGCGAAAGGUGCGCUUCCGUGUCGUCGGACGUGGCGACUCGCUCAGUUGAAUGUCCUUUUGGGCAUUUGCGCGUAAGAAGACCAGGCGGCGAGCUACACGUUUGAUACUUGCGAUCGCGAUGGGCGUCUCGCGCGGAUGGCUGGUCGUCGCGGCAGCCUCCGUUAUCAACGUAUUCGCUCUUGCCGUGAUGCGGUCAGGCGCCAUCAUUUACGUCGGGAUUGCGAGCACAUUCGGAGUGUCCCGGGAAGACGCCGCCUGGCCGGUGUGCCUCGCUACCGUUUUCAACUUGGCGGCAGGUCCCAUCACUGGAACCCUAGCCCAGCACUUUCAGAUACCGACACUCCUGGUUAUAGGCUGCUUUCUAGCUUCCGUUCCGGUCUGCGCCAGCUACUUCGCCAACGGGGUGCCCUUCCUCAUCGUAAGCCUGGGGAUCUUGCAUGGGUGUGGUUUGUCCCUGCUAACGUUGGGCUAUGCUGCUGUCAACCAGAGUGUAACCAAGAACAAGGCGCUCGCAUCGGGUAUCACCAUCGGAGGCUCUGUGGUCGGCGGCAUUAUCUUCCCGCCCGUCAUGCAGUUCCUUUUUGAUGAGUACGGAACAAAAGGCGGCCUCCUCGUCUUCGGCGCCAUCAUGCUCAACUCUACGGCAGCAGCGCUCUUCACGAGACCAUCUUGGCGACGGAACGUCGUACCACGAGACUUGGAAAAAAGCACGCAAAUUUCCACAACUACGCACCUCUCGGAGGUCGCGAAUACACGCAUUUAUGAGUCCAACGGUGAUGCCCCAGGACUGGGAGAUAACGUGCUGAACUACUGUGAUAGCAAGUCGUUGAGUUCCUGCAACGGGACAGCGGGUCUCGACGUGCCUCUGAAUAACAGCGCACGUAAAGAUAUAUAUACGUGUGAAAGACUUGCGGUUGCCGCGGUUAAGCCUCUAAACAGCCACGCUCAGCGACCUCCACAGAACACUCGGGCAAAGUGGCUCUCCUUCUUGAAGAAUCCGAGGUUCUACCUCAUCGCUUAUACGUUGGGUCAGAUCUGGUACUUAAACACGACGCUGCUCACGGUAGUGGUGGACUUCGCGGUGGAGCGCGGGAUCCCCAAGUGGGACGCCGUCUCGCUUGUCACGUUCAUAACCGCGCCCGAUCUCGUGUCAAGAUUCGUGUCGGGGCCCAUAACCGACAAAGGUCUUCUGAGGAAGAGCUCUAUGAUGAUCCUGUGCCUGACUGCAAACGGCAUUGCACAUCUUCUUAUGCCGUUUUUUGACUCGUACCCUGCCCUGGCGGUGCUCUCGGCGCUCUCCGGGUCCUGCAACGGCAUUGCUGUGACGCACAUUUUCGUUCUUUGCGGGGAGCUCGUCGAUCCGGUGACCUUCGGCCUGUGCAUGGGCGCUGCCAAUUUCGGGGCUGCGUUUGCGCUGCUCGAGAGGCCACUCAUGAUCGGCUCCAUGUGCCGCAAAUUUUCUGUUACCAACAUGCCCUAUGUAAAGAACUCUGGCCUCGCUUCUCGCAUGCGACCAUAAGCCUCUGAAGAGCACAAUUUGGACAGCUCAGACCAAAACACAAGUGUUGUGCUUUUGUAACUCUCGGCAUUCUUAUGUUCGUUUAUGUUUAUGUUACUCUCCUGCAGAGCCCAAUUCGGAUUUCUUAAACGAGCGUACAAAUGGUGUGCCUUUAUAUGUAUUGACAUUUUUAUGUUAACUGUAUUUAUGUUAAUUAUGCUAGUGUUCUGAGAAGCCCACACUGAAUUACUCAAUCCAGAACACAAGGGUUGUGCUUUGUUAUAUUUCAAAAAAUUUUUAUGUUAGUUCUUUAUAAUGUUCGAGCAAGUGUACUGUUUCCUUAUUAUUUUACUUUUGUAGUUUCUUCAGUCAUUUCCUGCCAAACAACUCACUUUUGUCAAGAAUCAUUCCAUUACGGCAAACCAUUUCAAGUUUGAUUGAUAUUCUAAACUAGGUAUAAUGAGAAAAGUUUUGCAAAAAAUCUGCUUUCAUACGUAAAGCUGAGUCAUUCCAGGGCAACGAAUCAGCAUGUUUCUUAUCAUUAACAGACAUAGUUCAUAAAUUUUCGUGUGUUUGUUAAAGCUCCGAACUCUUUCUCCUCAUUUAUUUUCCUUCACAAAACUUUUCUACAAUUUUGGCAAAUAUUGAUUGUUCUUGUCCUGAUAAGCUAGAGGGCACUGAUCGAGGUUCCUUGCUUUAAAGGGAAAUUGUAUCAGCCAGAUAUUGAGAUGGUGUUCAUGUCAACACACUGAAGUGGUGUGACUGCCAAAAUUGCAAAGUUUGAAUUAGUUUCUUCGAACGCAGGUAUAUACAGAAGGCACAAAAUAAAUAUAGAAUCACAGCCUGACUUGGGAUACCUGCAAAAUAUUUGAAGCCUUGGAGUUGAUCCCCUAAAACAAACUGUAACGUUCAAAUGUUUCUCAAAAAGCUUCGUGUUGAAGGUGAACAAAUUGGCUUUGGUGGCGGGCGCAAAAGUAUAUGUCACCCAUCAUUACAUAGCCCUACAUGUCAGCUAUGUAUGUGACAAGUUAUGAAAAGGUAGUAUUCUUUACUUGCGAUAAAUUAUGUUUCAUCAUGUUCAUUUGUGGAUCACACAUAGAGCAUAAUUAUGUAAAGCCUUGUCAUCUAUCAAGGAAAGAUUGUUAAUAUAAUUAGCCAUAAAAACGAGUCAGUAAACUGACUGCCUUGUUUAUCAUUACAAAGACAGGUGACAUCAAGCGCCACAGUCACGACUCGUAUUUUUUAACAUGAACUUGAAAAGCGGUCACCAAUUACAUUGACCACACCUGAAAGAACACGGCACAGAUGACUUAUAGAUGAGCAUGUUCCAGCUCUGAAGCAGUGGUAACAUGCAACACCACAAAACUUUGUUUACACUCAUGUAGGUUUUCAGUUUUAAUUAUGAAGCUGUUUUCUACAUGCAUCGUCACUCGGUUCCAGGGAGCAGGGAACAAAGUGUCAUGCUCCCUGUAUGUCGCAAUGCAUUGCAGUGCGUCAUGUCCUUUUAACGUUUCGCAUAAGAACAUUUGCUCUCUUUGUGGCUUUACUGUCUACGCAAUAGCAGGUAUUUCUUUUUGUAAACUGCAUGAAACAUAUAUUUUAGCACUGCAGGACUCCCUCUCGAAUUUAACAUAUCAACAUUUUGUGUGCAAUGGCUGUAUAGUUUACUCAGCCCCCACCAAGCACAAGUCUCGUUGCGUUAGAGCGUGCGUUGUCAAUAAAAUGCCGACACCUACACCGUUUCUCUGUGACCUGUGUUGCAGGCAAACACAGCUUCGUCACUUGCAUUCCCAGCCAGCAAGCUGGUGAGCACACACGAGAAAAGCCAGUACUGACCAAAAUUUAAAAAAGAAUUUUUCUCAUUUACAAACACUGCUUUCUUUUUUAACUUCAGGCAUGCAUGGCAGACAUGUAGGGCCAUCUAAUAAUGUAUCACGUAUUCUUUGGCCAGCUACAAAAGCUGGUUUUAUCUUGAUCAUUAGGCUUCUUGCAAAAGAUUAGGAAUUUAGUUUUUUUACAGGCAAUCAGGCCAACCUUCAGAGCUUCAAAUAUUUUUCUGCUAUACUGAUCACCUGGGCUACCAUUCUGUAUUUAAUUUCUGUCUUCUGAAAUUUUCAUUGUGAAAACAAAUAAUGCAUUGCAGUAUUACUUACUUUUGCAAGUGCCAAAAGCACUCGAAGUAUACAAAUAUGUGAAAAAUUGGCUAUUUUGGCAAUUGCAUCACUUCAUCCUCUUUCCGUGCACAGCAUUUGAAGGUCUCGAUCAAUACGAUGUGCGUUUGAAAAAGAAUGUUGAUUGAUGUCCUCUAGCUCAGCUGAGCAACAAAAGUACACCGUCACCAAAAUGCUACAAAAUUUUUCACAAAAAUAAAUAAAAGUGGGGAAGGGGUUUAGAACUCCAGCAUACAUGUGGCAAUGUUUUCAGGUAUAUCUGGUGUCGAGAAACGCUGGUGAACUCGGCAUGGAAUAACGCACCUGCAAGCGCGUCUGUGCCAUUGUCAUAUUCAGUAAAAACUGAAUUUUACAUAACUUCGUAAAAAAUGGUUUAUUUUGCUGUCUAAAAUACAUGAGUAAAAAUCAAUAGGUACCAUUUCGCUUAAAUUUAAAAUGCAGCAAAAACUCUAUGGUAAUGACAAUGAUAUGCCUUUUAUGUCUGCAUGAAACCAGAUUUUUUUUAAUCCUUUCGUUAUUUUUUGAGGCAGUGAAUAAAAUUGAAAUGGAACUCACGUCAGUAAUAGCUCCUUCUAAAUCAAAAAUCUCAACCAGCCAAGAUGAAUGAGUCGCUUGAUAUCGAACGACCUCUGCAGGAAUGUUAUCAUGGCAGAAAACACAACUGGAUCAUGCAACAGAAAUGCAGCAUAAUAAACUGCUCCCAUAGCAUCUCUUAUCGCGAUUUCCAUGUUUCCGAAGUGGACAAUGUUUAUUGAAAUUGCACACAUCAUUCAACGAAAAAAAUAAGGAUUGUACCAAGUGAUCCUUUUUAAGUUUUACAGAUUUUCUUUAAGCUGGCUGUGCCAGGUAGCAUAAUUCCUGUUCUUCAGCUGGAUUAUUCAAAGGCGGACAUUACUAUCACAAGAAAUUGAAACACAUUGAACUGAUUCUCAAAAUUUUCUUAUUCACUUAUAACAUUACAGCAGAUAUUGCAGUUUACAAAUUGUAGCCAGUGAGCUUGAAAGACGUAUUCACUUGAAAUGAACUUGCAGGAUGACACCAGUUCCGAGAUUUUUCCAUAAAUGUGAGACGAAAUACAUGGAAAUUCCAGUUACUUUUGUGCUUCAAUGCAUAACAGUGCAUUUCGUUAAAGAAAGUAAUCGCAACAGGGCAUUUUCACAGCCAGUAUGAUGGCAUCUGUCUCGUUACUAGUGUCAUUCUGGAAAUGUAUUCUAAGUGCGCACUCCUUGUAAAAUUACCGACUACACUUCGUAAUAUAUUUGUAAGGAAGCGAGCUUUUGAUAAUUAGCUCAAUAGGCACCUUGAUUUCUCAUACAAGUAAUGUUUGGCAUUGUGUAUCUAGAAUUAUGUUACAUGCAACAGCCAGUGUUGAAUAAAUUUUAUGAAACUUAAGAUAACCCCCUGCAUAUCAGUGUCUCCGUGAGUGCUCUGGGCUCCAUCGAAUCAUUCCAUGGUCAUAGUACUACUGGCUACCUAAUAGAGAAACCAAGUACCUUUUUAGGGUGUUCUUAUUUACAGUCGUAUCCGUCUGCUUGUACAUUUAUAUGUUUAGGUACUUCUUUUUUAAGAUUUAUUUCUUUUGGAAUAUGUGUUCACUUGAGGGUCAUACAGACUGUAUCUGUGAAUAUUCAAUUUUGUUAUGAUGUCAAGCUGCGGGUGGUACUUUGCAAUUGUUUUUAGAAUUUUCUGAUAUUCUCAAACUACAAAUGGUUGUACAUAUAAACAGAUGAUUGGUUUC